GCGUACUCGACCGCUGCGACCGUUUCUGUAGUGAAAACGGUGGCUUGUCAUGUAGGUCCACUGGCCCACUGGAGUUCAUCGAGAUCCUACCCAAUGUUCCUGAGUCCGACCUAACACAGGUACGAUGCCACGCAGUGUGCCCUCAAAUCAGCUGACCCCACGCCUUCGCAGUACGAUAACAACACGCACGAUCACACCUGGCUCCCACCGCCCCGUGGAACAUCGCUAUCGACCCAUCGACCCUCGUGUUCCAAGAGGAGAGCGUCGAUUCGCUUCCCUACUACGUCUGGGACACCGGCGCGCAGCCGCAGUCCAUGACCGCGCUCGCAUGCGAGAUCGACUGGCCGUGGUGUCGGGCGACGCGGACUGGCCGCCGCAGAGCCCGAACACGUGUACGGGAGAGCCGUUCAACGUCACGCUGCGGCCGUUUGGUGGACGAGGCUCAGGAUUGGGCAGUUGCCGACGAUGUCGGUCGGUUCAUGACCAGAGUCUGGGUGAGAUAUAAUAUACAGUCCAUGGGUACAUCGUGAUGUCCAUGCCAGCAGCGGCCAGCCGUUGUUCCUUCGGGCACAUGGCUGUCAGACUUGUGCGUAUGAUUCGACGUGGUCUCAGUACAUGCUACCUUUCCACAGCAAAUAUUGCGCCUCUUUCCUCGAGCAAGUGACGCGACUUGCUACGUCCUCAGUGGCACAAUGCCGUGGUAAUGGCAUUCGACACGAACUCUAGCGUUCUACCUAGCGUAUCUUCCACAACCGUG